AUGACCAAGUCGGAGAUCAAUGCUCUGAGAAAAGACGCACGUUCAGUCUUCUAUCAUGGUCUCACAAAUUAUCGCCAAUUCGCCUACCCAGAUGAUGAAUUACGACCGCUUUCGUGUCUACCCUUGACACGCGAUCGUGCCAAUCCUGCCCAUAUCGAAGUCAACGACGUCCUGGGUAACUACUCGCUUUCUGUCGUGGAUAGUCUGUCCACCCUUGCCAUCCUUGCUUCCGAUCCGACCUCGGACUUGGACGACCACAAUGCACUCGAUGACUUUCAAGAGUACGUUGGACUAGUAGUGGAAGAGUAUGGAGAUGGUUCGCCUGGUCCUGCUGGUCAGGGUCGACGUGCAAGAGGCUUCGAUAUGGACAGUAAAGUUCAAGUAUUUGAGACUACCAUUCGUGGAUUGGGUGGUCUCCUGAGUGCCCACUUGUUCGCCAUUGGCGAGCUGCCCAUUCGUGCUUAUACACCAGACAUACGGGAAGAUGGAGUACAUUGGCCAAACGGGUUAGUCUACGAUGGUCAGUUGCUGCGACUUGCCCAAGACCUGGGCGAACGUCUUCUACCUGCCUUCAACACUCCUACCGGACUGCCUUAUCCCAGAGUGAAUCUCCGCUACGGCACUCCAUUCUACGAGAAUUCUCCUCUGAAUAAUGAUCCAGAACAUGGACAGUGUCACAAAACACAGAAACCAAAGGGGUCGCGUGAAAUCACCGAAACUUGCAGUGCUGGUGCUGGUAGUCUUGUGCUCGAGUUCACUACUCUCUCUCGCUUGACCAACGACGAUCGCUUCGAACGUCUGGCCAAACGUGCUUUCUGGGCUGUUUGGGAACGACGAAGUGCCUCUGGCUUAAUCGGUGCUGGCAUCGACGCGGAGACUGGUGCAUGGAUUGGACCUUGGACCGGCAUUGGUGCCGGUAUUGACAGCUUCUUUGAAUACGCUUUCAAGUCGCAUGUUCUGUUAUCCGCUUUGGAUGGCGAAUCGUAUAACACAACCGAAGACUCGCCGGAUGCCUUCCUCCAGACCUGGCAGGAUGCUCAUUCUGCAAUCAUGCGUCACGUGUACCGUGACGCUUAUUCCACACAUCCUCAUUAUGCUCAGAACGAUUUGUAUACUGGCGGACCGCGACUCACUUGGAUCGACAGUCUAAGUGCUUACUAUCCUGGCUUGCUCGUCUUGGCUGGUGAACUAGACGAAGCCGUGACCGCUCACCUUCUAUACACUGCUUUGUGGUCAAGAUACGGCGCAUUGCCUGAAAGAUGGGAUGUUACCACUGGUGCCAUUCAUGGUGGCCUGAGAUGGUGGGGUGGUCGACCCGAGUUCAUCGAGUCUACUUGGUACAUCUAUCAGGCUACGAAAGAUCCUUGGUACCUCUAUAUCGGCGAGAUGGCAUUGCGUGAUAUCAAACGUAGGUGCUAUACCAAGUGCGGAUGGGCUGGACUUCAAGAUGUCCGAACAGGCGAGCAGACUGAUCGGAUGGAAAGCUUCUUCCUUGGUGAGACUGCGAAGUACAUGUAUCUCCUGUUCGAUCCAGACCAUCCUCUGAAUACGAUCGAUGCGCCCUGGGUCUUUACGACUGAGGGUCACCCUCUGAUCAUCCCAAAAGCCAACAGAACCAACUCAAAAAACUCUGGCGGUCGCAGACAGGAUCUUCCCAAUCACGAGCCAAUGGCCCGUACCGGACAGUGUCCACUUCCUCCACCACUGCUACCUUUAACAGUAUCGUCAACGGCUGCUAGAUCAGACGUCUUCCAUGCCGCUUCCUUAGCUCGACUUCAUCUUAUGCCAAUCGGUAACAAGCCCGGUGCUCCAUCUUUGGAUUGGGCUUCUGACCAUCCUAGUGUGACCAUGCUUGGUCCUGAAUCUCCGACGAACUUCACAUUUUACCCUUGGACUUUACCACUCUGCCUGGUUCCUACAGACGGGUACAGCACCAAAUUAUCCAACAAGCCUACGUUCGAUCUUACUUUUCCCACUACCGCCGGGACUGGACUCGAGGUCGGCACACUCCAGAAGAUUGAUGGAGGUGUGCUUGUCAACUCAAUUUCUGGUCUUAGAUUUGGUAUGGUCUUGGAGUCUCCAGCACCAAACGAAGACGAGUACAGGAUCUACACGCUUGGCAACUUUGCACUUGGGCGUGAUGAGCAUAUCGCGUUAAGUCGAGACACCUUAUCCCAGAUCAACCCAUCAGAUCCGCACUUUACGCGCAUGCGUGAUGUCGAAGCCAUGGACCUGAUCAUCGAUGUGCCAUAUCCCGAGGAAUCUGCUGCUGAGACUCUUCUGUACAAUAGCACUGCACUGACCAACCAUGUUUUCGACUUCAGUCUAGACCUGGACUUGGAUGCAUUGGAAGGUACAUCUAGCCCUGGCGACAUGGUCUUGGACUCUCUACCUAAAGCUUUCCUUGCAGAUGUUCAUCGUCUUGCUGAACAGCUUGACGGCCUUGUCGGUGUGUUGCCCGAUGCAGGCAGCAUAGACGAUGCCCUGCGCGACGCAGCGAAGCAAUUGAGAUCGAAAUCAACUGCAGCGUUGCCCUCAGCAUCUGGACUGCCAUCCCCGCAGAGGAAGGGUCUUCAACGCUUUGCCACGCCUGCCAUGUUACCUAUAGGACCUGGUGCGGCACCAUUACCCGCUGUGGUCGACGCUUCGCCAGAUCCACGCAGUCUAUCUCCGGGCAGCCUGCCAUACACGACCAUCCUCGUCAUCGACUCUGACCUCUGUAACACGUCUCCCAUACCUCUUGAUCUCGUUAAUUCACACACAAUUCUCAUUAUCCGUCGUGGUGGCUGUAGUUUCAGCAAAAAGCUGUCUGCCAUACCAUCUUUCCCUCCUUCUGCGAAGGCCUUGCAAUUGGUACUCGUCGUCAGUUCUGGAAGCGAUGAAGGAACAAGACCUCUGGUCGACGAGGUGCAAACAACGCCCAAAGGUCUACCGAGACGUCACCCGAUCUGUCUGGCACUGGUUCCGGGUGGACAAAACGUCUGGGACACGUUUAUGAGAGGUGCAAGCACUGUUGGUGUUGUUGGUCAAGACGGUGCUAUCAUCGUCGACGACCGUCAGAAGAAGAGUGGCGCGUCUGAGCAACUCGCAGAGACUGGAGCGACCGAGUCACAGCCAAUGGAAACUGGCAAGAAAAAGGCAAGAAAGACGACGAAGGCUAAAACGAAGAGUAAGAAAGAGGUCCAAGAAGUGCCAGGCAUUGGCGUCAGGAGGAGGUAUUAUUUUACGAGCAAAGGCGUGCGGAUUAGCAACCUCAUCGUAACCUAA